UGCGUCUGCGUGCGUCUUUGCCUUUAAGGACCUGCGACAUUUUUCCCCCAUACGAACAUCCAGUUGUCUACCACAGAUAAUCUUGGUGUUGUAGACACUUAGGUUUCAGAAAAGAAUGCGCUGAUGGUUUCUUUUAACUGAUCUCGAUGUUUAUGGUGUAAUUUGCGUCGGCCGAACACAAACGUCGAAGGGGCGCGAGAGGACGACACCGCGCUCGAGAGCAUCGCGUGGAGGAGGGGACGAAGACACAAGAGGGGGUGUUCACUCAAAAUAUACUAUCCCUUUAAAACAAGGGGGACACGGCGGUGGGGGAGAGAUAGCGGGGCAGAGAAGACGGGAUAAAAAAAGAAAAGGAAGAAAGAGCGAGGGUGGGAGGGUGAGAGUAUUGCAGGGAAAAAAAGGAAAAAAUGUCAUCCUCUCGAUUGAAAUGCCGAGGCGGAGCUAUGGACGAGGACCGGUGAACCGCUCGCUAGACACGAAUGAGAUUUGACGCAACGCCGAGGCUCGCGCAGACGCCGCUCGGGCCUGGAUGGAGAAUCUUAUAAUAAAAAAAUGAUGGAAAUAUUUUUACCAACGCCAUGCUACCGCUGAGAGCAAAUGAAACAUUAAACUGCCAUUAUAAUUGUAUGAUCUUUGCAUGAAUUAUUGCACAUCGGUCUAAUUAAUAAGAAAACAUAAAAAUGCAGAAAUUCAUUUUAUAAAAUUUUAAGCAUGGUUACUGUUAUGUGGCAAUGAGGUGUUAAUAACAGGGACCGUGACUGACAGCUGUCAUUUCUUAAUGUUUUUUUGAACAUAGUGUAAAAUUGAUAUGAAUUUAUGACUAUCAGAGUAAUUUGCGUUCUUUCACUUUUUAAAUUUCAAUAACGUGUCUUUCUACAUAUGGUAGUUUUACAUUUUGAAUACAAAGCAUAUAUACAUGUGAUACAAUAGUGGAAGAAGUCGUUCAUUGUGGGGGUAAAAUCGACAAGUUUAUUUUAAACGGCAUCUGUCCUGUUCUUCACGUCAUGAUGGAUGCAGCUUGGAGCAAUUUCCUCUUUCAGACAACUCCGCCUUCACAGUCCCAAACUGACGCGACCCUCCAAUCAGAUCUUCUCCCGGAGCUCACGGAUCCUUCUCAGGACCCGCCCCCUGAGCACUUAGCCACGCCCCCAUCCACGGUGGACACAGCAGCGCUGAAUGAGGAGCCUGUACCGGUGAAGCCAGUCACGCGACCAGCCCGGCCUGCACACAUCUGCUCCAUAUGUAAUAAGCAGUUUAAGAACAGUUACAACCUGCGGCGUCACCAGUCUGUCCACACUGGAGUGAAGAUGAAGGACAGAGCCGCUAGAGAGAAAAUAGACGGAGAGAAGGCUGGAGCACGAUUGGAGAGGCAGACCAUCCCCCUUUCUCUCCUCCAACUGUCUAUACCUGCCUCCAUACCCACGGCAGUCGACCCCAUGGUCCAUCCUUCCCCAAUCUGCAAUCAGCAGGUAGAAACAGUCGCUGUAUCUAUCGCCCCGGCAACGGUUGCCAUGACAGUGAACCAGCCCCUCCCUACUGCAGUGGUGGUUACUGGGACAAUGGUGCAGGCUGGACCAAAUUGCAACAUCAAUGAUAACCUAAGUAAUCCCACCCCGAUUCAAAUAUCUAUCCCAAUAACAAACCCGUUACCCAUCAAUCCAGCUCCUAUUCCUAAUCCCAACCCCAACCCCAACCCUAACCCCAAUCCAGUCAGGAAGAACCAUGCCUGUGAGGCAUGUGGGAAGGCGUUCAGGGACGUGUACCAUCUUAACCGGCAUCGGUUGUCCCAUUCGGAUGAGAAGCCGUAUUCCUGUCCAAUCUGCCAACAGCGGUUUAAGAGAAAGGAUCGAAUGAGUUAUCAUGUUCGGUCACACCAGGGAGGAGUGGAGAAACCCUACGUGUGUCCGCACUGUGCCAAGGGCUUCUCACGGCCUGACCAUCUGAACAGUCAUGUGCGACAGGUGCACUCUACAGAAAGACCCUUCAAAUGUCCGACAUGUGAAUCCGCGUUCGCUACUAAAGACCGGUUACGAGCUCAUAUGAUCAGACACGAGGACAAGGUUCCCUGCCACAUCUGUGGCAAACUUCUCUCCCCUGCUUACAUCACAGAUCACAUGAGGGUCCACAACCAAUCACAGCAUCACAUCUGCCACCUCUGCAACCGCAGUUUCACCACUCUGACAUACCUGCGCGUCCACGCUCAGAAGCACCAUGGGCAAGAGUGGAAGGAGAGUGGGGUCGGCCGUGGCUCAGGCCCCGGCGGGGUGCUGUUAUGCCAGCUGUGUGGGGUACACUGCAAGACGCCUACUCAGCUGCAGGGUCACAUGGCCACGCACGCCAACCAAACGGACCCCAACGUUCCUUGCCCCAUCAGCAGCAGCAGCAGCAGUUCAGUGCAGACAGUGGGCACAGACACUCCUGUUUCCAGCGCUCCAGUCACAGUUGGGCUGCUGGUGACUGACUGCUCCAGCAUCGCUCCUCAGAGCCACAGCUAGCCCACAGCACACCACGAGGAGGGAGGGCGGGAUGUAUGAAGCGGGAUUAAUGGGUGGGAGGGGAGAAAAAUGUGCAAGACGAUGGGCCUAAUAUGGACAGGAUUGCCAUGGAAACCUGCCCCUCCCUCCCACCUCAAAUCUUGCUGCCACUGUGCUAGACAUGACCGACCCUCCUCAAAACAACUGUAACUUUUGAAUGAACUCAAGAAACACGAACCUGAUUCACCUUUAUGUGCAGACCGAGCAGUAAGUCUCGCUGGAUUGCGUAUUCUUUGAUCUGGUCUAAUGUAUACAGUCUAAAGGAGCCUGCGAAGAUCUGAUAGACAACUGGUUUGGGUGUUGCUAGAUUUUUCUUCUAAGUCCCAUUGGAGAGAUCAUGGGUUUUAAAUGUAGGCUGUUAUUAAGUGCUGUCCCAGUUCAUUAUUUAAAAAAAAAUCCACUGUUGAGGAAUGUAGAUCACUGAGAGGAAUCGACACAUUAUGCAUCCCAAACCAUUUCCUUAUAUUAUAAUGGCUCAUAUCUACAUGAUCUUGAAGUUUAGGAAGAGAUGCAUUUUAUAAAUGAAUUCAAGAGAUUAUUCCAUCAUAAAUGAUCUUGACAUGAAUGACAACAUUUAAGGGGAUCAAAUAUAGUGCAAUUUCCUCUCAUUUAAAUGUGGUCACAAGGACAAAAUAUUUAUUUAUAUUUGCAAUGUAAAAUAGUAUACGUGAAUACUAAAAAUGUGUCUAUUGUUCAUUGCCUCCUUUGAUAUUUUUCUCAUUGAUAUCGAUAUAUUUUCUUUUCUUUUUUUUUUGGACUCAAGACGUUAAACAAAUGUAACAAUGUUGAUUAUAUUGAAUAAGAUCUGUAACCUAUGUUUCCAAUUCUGUUUGUGUUGAUGCUAGUUUAACGCCAAUAUGUGUUGGUGUCGAUGUGCUCCUAUCCUAAUUAAUCUAUGUAUUUAAGAACAUGCACCUAAUUAUACUGAAUUUAACUA